CAACAGUUGCCCCGGUGAGGACGAAGCGCCAUAGCCACGGUAGCCCUGGCGACAAGAACCCAGCAACGAGAAUCAACAACAACAGCCUGAAUCCUUGAAAAAAAUAAAAACAAAAAUACCGGUGGGAAAUUCACUUGGAAUCAGAGUGUCUGAGUCCCAGUUCUCGUGAUGGCCACGACAGGCUACGUUGGGGAGUUGCAGCCCGUGACGACCCAGCCCCAAGGGGCAGCGAGUGGGAGUGUGACGGUGGCUGGACAGUCCUCAGCAUCCGCUGCCCCACACACCGUGGUAGCUCCUACGCAGCAGUUCCUGGCUCAGCUUCAGACCACAGUGGGGACUCCUGCAGCCGCAGCAGGACACACCGCACCCCCUGCACAAGCCACUCCCACAGCGGCACAGAAGACAGCAGUUGUCCAGGUGGCGCCCACACAGGCUCCUCCCCCCCAGACCCAGUAUGUGACGGCUGAGAUCCAGGGUUCCUCAUCACAGGCCAACAACGCCCAGAACGCCCCCCAGUACAUUGUAGUCACCGUCACAGAGGGCUCUCUCCAUUCAAGUGACUCUUUGUCUGACUCGAGCCCUCCUCCAGCUGUGGUACAGCAGACUGGGGUUCCCACACAGGUGGUGCAGCAGGUACAAGCAGCACAGCAGAGGUCAGUGGUGCAGGCAACGUCCCAGAUCACAGCCAAGACUGAACAGGGUAUCACCACCCAGCUGAGUGUCACCAACCUGCAGCCUGUCCACCUCACUCAGGAGGUGCAGCAGCAGCUCCAGCAGGUGCCAGUGCAGCAUGUGUACACCAAUCAGGUGCAGUAUGUUGAAGGGGGAGACAACAACUACACCACCAGCACAAUUCGUUCAGGCAGCUUCACCUACACAGACACCCCUCUGUACACUCAGACCACCGCCACCCCUUACUACGAAGCCCCUCCCACCUCUGGCUCACAGGUCCCCACCACCGGCACACCCCUGACCGUCUCCGUGACAACGGGCUCCACCGGUGGUGUGUCUAUGUACGUGGCUGGCACAGGCCAGAUUGUGGCCAAUCCGGCGGCCGCCUCUGGGGGUGGGACGACGGUGGUGGCGACAGGGGGAACAGCCAAUGGGACUGGGGAAGGGGCGGGGGCUAAUGGAAGCGGGGGCAGCUAUGUGAUCCAGGGGGGGUACAUGCUGAGUGGCAACAGUCAGGGGGGCUACUCCACCCACAACGCCCGCUCCUCUCCUGCCACCGUCAGUACAACAGAGGGCGAGGAGGGUAGUGGCGUACCGUCGGCAGACAAAAAGGUGCAGUGGCUGCUAGAUAACUAUGAGACAGCUGAAGGCGUCAGUCUGCCUCGCUCCACCCUCUACUGCCACUACCUGCUGCACUGCCAGGAGCAGAAGCUGGAGCCCGUCAACGCUGCCUCCUUUGGGAAGCUGAUCAGAUCCGUGUUCAUGGGGCUACGCACACGCCGCCUGGGCACCCGGGGGAACUCCAAGUACCACUAUUACGGCCUGAGAAUCAAGGCCUGCUCCUCUCUGAUCAGACUGAUGGAGGACCAGCAGCACCUGGCCAUGAGACAGCAGCCCUUCUCUCAGAAACAGAGGUUGAAGCCGGUGCAGAAGGUGGAGGGGAUGACCAAUGGCAUGGCGGCAGGCUCGGGCCAACAGCAGCAGCAGCAGGGGGCGGGGCUCUCUGACAUCAGCGCCCAAGUGCAGCAGUACCAGCAGUUCCUGGACGCGUCUCGGACCCUCCCAGAGUUCCCUGACCUUGACCUGCAGGGCAAGGCCCUACCGGAGGGCAUAGAACUGGAGCACAUCAAGAGCUUCCAGCUGCUGUAUCGGGAACACUGUGAGGCUAUUCUGGACGUGACGAUCAACCUGCAGUUCACCCUGGUGGAGACCCUGUGGAAGACCUUCUGGAGGUUUGAAGAGAGCCAGAGUGGAGACACUGGCACACUGGCUGUACAUGAUGAGUCUGAGAAGCGCCUGCCUAAGGACUGUCUAGUGAUCCUGUGUAAGUACGACCCUGUGCUCCGCUGGAGCCGCGACUGUGACAACACCCUUUACCAGGGCCUGGUGGAGAUCCUCAUCCCUGAUGUGCUGCGGCCCAUCCCCAGUGCCUUAACUCAAGCCAUCCGCAACUUUGCCAAGAGUCUGGAGAGUUGGUUGACCAACGCUAUGAUGAACAUCCCAGAAGAGAUGGUCCGCAUUAAGGUAACGUCAGCCAGUUCGUUUGCCCAGACGCUGCGCAGGUACACCUCUCUGAACCACUUGGCCCAGGCAGCCAGAGCCGUGCUACAGAACACAGCUCAGAUAAACCAGAUGCUCAGCGACCUCAACCGCGUGGACUUCGCCAAUGUUCAGGAGCAGGCGUCGUGGGUGUGUCGCUGUGAGGACCGUGUGGUGCAGCAGUUGGAGCAGGACUUCAAGCUGACCCUGCAGCAGCAGAACUCUCUGGAGCAGUGGGCUGCCUGGCUGGACGGGGUGGUCUCCCAGGUCCUAAAGCCCUACCAGGCCAGUGCCGCCUUCCCCAAAGCAGCCAAGCUCUUCCUGCUCAAGUGGUCCUUCUACAGUUCCAUGGUGAUUAGAGACCUGACUCUGCGUAGUGCUGCCAGCUUCGGAUCCUUCCACCUGAUCAGACUGCUGUAUGAUGAGUACAUGUACUACCUGAUAGAACACAGAGUGGCCCAGGCUAAAGGAGAGACACCCAUCGCUGUCAUGGGAGAGUUCGCCAGUCUUGGCAGGAGUUUGAACCCACUGGAUCCAGACAAAGAAGAGGAAGAGGAGGAGGAAGAGGAGAGCGAUGACGAGUGUCAGGAGCUGUCUCUGCCCUCUGACGGGGCAGGGCUGGGGGAGGAGUCUCUGGAGCCGCCAACCAAGCUGGCCAGAACCGACCAGAGAGUACUCUUCACCACGGGCCAGGACUGAACACACACACACACACACACACACACACACACACUGAUACACACAUGCACAAACACACUUCCAUUCGCAGACUGACUUACACAAAUACACACACAUAACUGCAUUGAUUGAUACACAUUUGUAUGCACAGAUACUCCAAGAUACCCUUGUAUACACUAAUAUGUGCACUAGAGGUUGACACAGGAGUGAAAAUUCAUUCCUGUUCUGUCUUGUCCUGUAAAAAAAUGUUCCCUGUAAUGCCCGGAUCCUGCAGCGUUUCUAUAACCCCGGAACUUUCCUGUCCCAUUCUGAUAAAUAUCAGUCCCGUCCCAUGCAGAUUUUUACACACACAAAUCCUUUCUUCCGUUACGCCUCGAUCACACCAAUAGCGUCAUUGCAUUUUGGUACACCAGAUGUACAUUCAUUUCCACUGGAACACUGUGUUGCCUUGCAGCGUUGCGUUGCAGAGGCAGUUGCAGUGCGUUCCGUGUGGUGGAUACGUUGGAGUUAUCAAACGUAUGCAUCAGACUGUAUGUGAAGACGGCCUGACAGAAAUGGCAGCAGAAGGUGAAGGUUGAACUUUUGUUGAACACAUCCAGAUGAUGCUGCGUACCAUUUUGCGUAAUGACGCUGUCGUGUGAUCGAGGCGUAGAGUAGUGGCUGGCUCCAACUGAAGCGAGGCGUGAGAGUGAGCUGGAAGGAAGGAAGUUAUCAUUAUAUUUAGAUUUGUUUCAUUAAGUGAACGACAUUAGGCCUACACAGUUUAUUUUAAUUAAAUGCUCCACACAUUACCAUCCUGUGGAUUGUCGAUCCUGUGCUGUCCCGAAAAUGACUCUAGAACUUCCCAUUCCUGACAGACCUGUUCCCAUGUCAACUUCUAAUGUACAGUUUCUACACACAUUUGAGUGUAGAUACUGUACACACACACACACACACACACACAUGUUCAUACACUCAAUAAAAAUGUCUGCAGUCUCUACACAUAGAUGCUGACCCAUCAGUACACAGACACACACAGACACAGUCCCAAUACGGUCUGUAUGGCACAAGUCUGCUGUAAGCACAGAUACCACACAUGCAUGGAUGGGCACACAAUCACCGGUCCGGCAUUGCUGCACAAAGGACACAGGGUGAACUCUCACACACACACACACACACACACACACACCCACGCCGACCCAUGGAGUGAAGAGUGUUUGUUGUCACUUUAAUGGAUCUGUGUAUUGAACAAGGACCUGCCAUGUUUCUCUGUAUUGGUGUCACUGGCUGACAACAGGGCAGCGCAAUGUACAUGCCAACCUAAACUACCCUCCACAAACUGUCUGCUGUACCAAGGUGGUCCUGAAGAUGUGACGGUUAACAGUUUGUCCUCUCUUACCCAACCCUUCUGUAUAGGGAGGAACGGAGGGAGGAAGAGGAAAUGGCUGCUUACGUUCUAAAUUGUUCAGUUAGCUCUCACUCUCAUGUCAAUCAAAGCCCAAGAGCCAGUCAGAAGGAGAUGGGGCAUGUGGGUGACAGCAGAUAGACUGUGAAGAGAGUUGUUGUGUGUGUUUUUGAUGCCCGUGGGAUGUAUGUCGUUUUGAUGCCCGUGGGGUGUGUGUGUUUUCGAUGCCCUUGGGGUGUGUGUGUUUUUGAUGCUCGUGGUGUGUGUGUGUGUGUGUGUGUGUGUGUGUGUGUGUGUGUGUGUGUGUGUGUGUGUGUGUGUGUGUGUGUGCUGGGAUCCUACUGCUGUGCUGUAUUUUUAGGGUGCGAUUGAACAUGCGUGGAUUUAUGUGAUUGUGUGUGUGUAUGUCUUGUAACGUGUGUCUGGUUGUACGAUUGUUGAGUCUGUGCUUGAGAAGAAGUGUUGACUGUAUUUUUGGUGGAUAUUUUCAAAGGCAUUCAAAAUCAUUUUGGGUGAAUGUUUUUAUUGGUUCUUUUUAAUUUGAUUUGUUCCUUUCCUGAAAAAGAGUGUCAUGGUUUUGGGGGUUCUGUUCCAACCACUCACACACGCACACAAAAGAUAAAACCCUGGUUUUAAGGUGUUUCCAUGUCAACCCCACAGAUGUGGAACAGUAGUCCCAUGAUUUCUCUCCACUGCAGUGUCCAUCUGCCUCUGCUGCUGAAUGUGCAGUUCUGUAAAGAGAGAUCAGUUCAAUAUAUAUUCCUGUUUGUGUUUUCAAGUGCUUCAUUGCCAUCUGUUUUAUUGGUUUCUGUUGAGACCUUUGUGGCCUCUAGUUGUCCACACGUCAUUGCGCCAGCCUUAUUUUUUAUGUUUGUUUAUCUUUUUCAUUUCUGUACCAGACAUUUCUGAUUUCAAAUAAUUACUUUGUUUACAUAUUCCAAGAAGGACUGUCCUGGAGUUAAAAUGCGAUAAUAUAAUUAUAUAUAUGUGUGUCACUCUAUUUCCUUUUCAUUGUCACAAAGUGAACCUUUCUUGUCUGGUGAUGUGGUGUCAAUCUGUCACACACUAAGUAUAUUUUGUGUGUAUGUGUAUUUACUGAGAGUCGUUAUUGAGUGUGAGUAUGUAUGUUUGAUUUCAGUAGUCCUCAAAUGAGCUCUCCAUACAUACACACGCCAAGGGUCCUGCUUCGUUUGCACAGUCACAGUCAAUGACUGUCCUUUUAUAUGGUGAGAUGUCAGUAGCCUGAUCCCAAAUAUGUUUGUACGAUCUUGCCAACUCCUGGUUUGACAAUGACCAUAUAAGUUGGCGAGACAGCACAAACUGAUCGGGUACCAGGCUAGAAUAUAACAGUUCUGCCUAUUUAUCACAGACAGUCUCCAAUUCGAGAUCCCUAUAGAUCUCUUUCAUGUACAGUACUGUAUAUCUGUGUCUGAUGGAAUCGCAGCACACAGGUGUAAGGUAUUCUGAGGAAGACCCUUACAGUCGGUGCCAUUGUUGUAUGGGUUUAGCAUGGUCCCAGAUCUGUUUGUGCUGUCUUAUAGAAGUUGGAAUGACAGCACAAGCAGAUCUGGGGUCAGGCUCGAUGUGAAACGAGACAGGUGAAUCAGACACCCUAUCUUCCUCUACAUCUCUCAUUCUGUCUCACUCGUUUCCUUCCUGCUAAUGUUUUUCUGCUGUUGUUUUGUUGUUGAAGCCAUUUUCAUAGAACAUUGUCCACCACGAUCAGUUCGGUUGUUGAACAUGUAUUGUAUGAACUUUUCAUUGCAUUUAAGUGUCACAAGAAUGUUUUCAGAGGCAGCAAUGCAUAUCUUGAGCACGUAGCGUGGACCUCUAAACCAGCAUGUUUAACACUCUGGGGCGUCUGCUGCCACCACAGCUGAUGAUAUAUCCUCCCAUGUCCUGCGGAUCUCCCUAUACGAUGGCCAUUCUUUUCCAGACAAAAAUGUUUGUCAUUUUUAUAGAGUUCAGUUUCUUACUUCUAAAAACGGUAUUGUGUGGCAGUGUUUUAUCAAUUUGGUCAAAUACACGUAUGACUGUGCCUUUGGGAGGUUGUAGAAUGCACUUCAAAUGUUUUUAAUUUUAAAGAUAUAAAAUAAAUUAAGAAUUUUUUAAGUUGUCA